AUGAAUAACAAAAUUAUAACGGAGAAAUAAACUAUCCUCCCUUUGAAUACCAUUCUUCAAGAUUUUGAUGAAUUCCUAUAGAAACAACAUCAUUAAGACAACAGUAUUGAGGAUUGUAAGACACUCGAUCGUUGGGCUAGAUAUACAUAAUCUAGUAAACGAUCUCUUAUGACUAGAAGAUUUUCAUAAAUAGAAGAUAACAAAUUAAAAACUGAUAACAUUAAAAUACAAUCUUAAAUAUUUACUCAAGAGGAUCUAAAUGAUGUUAAAGCUAAGAUUCGAUUUGACUAAAAAACUAAAGAAAUUGAAAAAAAUGCCAAACUAAAGUCUAGUCAUAAAGCAUUGGAAAUGUAAUUUCAUCUAAAUUAAAUAGAGUCAAUAUCUAAUAAAUUAAGGCUGAAGUUAGAUAAUAAUUAUGUACGAAAAAGAAAAAAAGUUCACCAGUUAGAAUAGUAAAAAAUACAUAGCAAAAAGAGAAUAGAAGUAAUAAAAAUAAAUGUUAAUAAUGUAUACAAUUAUUAUUAAUGGGAUUGCCUACUAAACAUUGUAUUAAUCACUGA